AGCGGUCACUUCAAUUUUUACCCAGACAAAACUUAAUUUAACUUUCCUUUAUUGGAGUUUUCUCUACAUUUCCUUGAAUUCUGCGUUCCUGGCUUCACCAUGAAGCGUAUCACCGCGUUUUAACUAACGAAUCUCGCCCGCAGAAGCCAACACAUUGAGAGAUGGACGACGACUUUUACGACGAGUACGAAGACCUCUACGCCGACGAGCUCGAGUUGGCGGACGAGCUACAUUCGCAUGAGCCAGCUUUGCCGACGGAGCGGGUGUUGUUAGGGCGAGACGAUGGCCUGGACUCCGAUACUCCACGCACGACGACAACCAUUUCAGCAAAGAGAAUGUCUGAUCAGCUCGUUGACGACUGUCCUCCACGAACACCCACACCCUCCCUCCAAUCCGUCCGGAAGAGGCUAAAACUGAACAACGAGCCGACAGCAGACGACUUCUUCCUUGGUCCCGACUCUCCACAAGAACUGAUCAUGGACGAGGACGCAGAUGAGAGGAGCACAACCAACCCGAGACGUCCGCCGUCUAGGCAGCAGAACCUGUCGCAGUUAGAACCACUCUUCAGCGAGACGCAGUUCGAACCAGACGACGUGCAGGCGGAUCACAUUGCCGGAACGUCGACCCCGACGUCGUCUGCUGCGUGCUGGACAGACGAGUCUUCAUAUGCCCUCAGUUUAAGACUCAGGGUCCACGAAGGUCGGCUCAAGUUUGUGGGGCUCCGAGACGAGACGUGGUGUGACAAUGUCGAGGAUCUGCACGUUAGAAGCCACAGAGGAAACCUGCUCUCUCGGCCGUUCUGGGACAUCUGGACAGAAGCGCGAGAGGAGUUGGAGCGGAGGAAAUCGCUGCCCGACAAACCGGACGGCGUAGUGGAAAACCACGCGACCCAGUCUCUUCCCGAAGGCCUCGAAGCGGGGAAGCCAAGCGAAUGCGUCGACGGGGUGGUGUCUCCCGUGGCUGCGUCCCUUUGGGUUGAGAAGUAUCGGCCACGGCACUUCAUGGAACUCCUGAGCGAUGACGGGGUCAAUCGCACCUUGCUCCAGUGGCUGAAACUCUGGGACUGUGUGGUGUUCGGUCGUAACCCUAAGCCCAAACCCCAUCCGGAAAAGUUGCAGCAGCCAGGAACUGGCAACAACACCUUCGUAAAGAAGUUCCUCCCGGAACUUAGUCAGGAGUUGGACGAGCACAAGAGGCCCCAACAAAAGGUGGUGCUCUUGUACGGCCCUCCUGGUCUCGGAAAAACGACCCUCGCUCACGUCAUCGCAAGACACGCAGGCUACAACGUCGUGGAACUCAACGCCAGUGAUGACCGAAGCCCCGAGGUGUUCAAGACCACUCUCGAAGCUGCCACCCAAAUGAGGGCGGUGCUGGGCCAGGAUCCCCGUCCCAACUGCCUCAUCAUCGACGAGAUUGAUGGGGCGCCAGCCGCCUCUAUCAACAUGCUUGUGAACAUGAUCAAGUCUAGUGGGCCGACGAACACUGGCACAGGCAAGAAGCGGUCAAGGAAAGAGGGCAGUCUCCUCCUCAGACCUGUCAUCUGCAUCUGCAACGAGCUGUACGUCCCGGCGUUGCGGCCUCUGCGACAGAUUGCACUUGCUCUGCACUUCCCCCAGAUUGCAAAGACGAGGCUCGCCUCUCGGUUGCAAGAGAUCAUGCGUCGUGAACGGAUGAAAGGUGACACUGCAGCCAUUCUGGCGCUGUGUGAGAAAGCUGAAAACGAUGUCCGUUCCUGUCUGUCCACUCUCCAGUUUGUACAAAGUCGCAAGCAGCAACUGACACUGACAGAUGUGCGCACAUUCAACGUGGGGCAGAAGGAUAUCCAGAGGGGUCUGUUCUCCGUCCUGCAAGAGGUCUUUCAGAAGCCUCGAAACGACAGGAAGGCGUACCGACAGCUCUAUGGCGACGAGGACCUGACACUGUCCAGACUCCGGAGUCCCGAAGACCUGAGGUUUGAAAACCUGGUCCAUUCAACGCAGGCUUUUGGAGACUACGAAAAGUUUGUGCAGGCGCUGUUCGACAACUAUGUGCACGUCAACUUCAAGGAUCCCAACUUCCAGACUAUUCAGCAAGGUCCCGAGUGGCUGUGCUUUGUGGAUGGACUGCUGAACACUGUCCACCGCCUACAGAACUACUCGCUCUACCCGUACCUCCCCUAUGUCGCACCAGCCUUCCACUGCGCCUUCUCAGUGUUGCCUUACACCAAGAUGGUGUUCCAGAACUCCUUCCUCGAGGCCCGUGGGAAGGAGACGCAGCUGUCCAACAUCCUUUCAUCCCUGCGGGCGGACACGUCGCCCCAGAGUCGCUGCUACCUCACGGGGAGCACCCUGGUGCUCGACGUUCUGCCCUGGCUCACGGGCAUCCUCCAGCCCACCAUCAGGCCGGUGAACACCCAGCUGUUCAGCGCUGAAGAGCGGCAGAAACUUCAGCAGGUCAUCUCAGUCAUGGCUUCAUUCAACCUGACUUAUCACCAGGCACGGACAGCCGACGGCGUCUACCAGUACGCACUUGAACCGAGCAUCGACGAAGUGACGAGAUUCCCUGGCGUCACCCAACCGCCGCAGCUGACAUACGCAACCAAGCAGCUCAUUGCCAGAGAGCUCGAGGUAGAAAAAAUGCGGAGGGGCGACGUCCCCGACGUUCCCGUGCCUGUGAAAGAAACCCACCGAAAUCCGACCGCGGUGGCGACUCCCUGGAAGCCACCGCCAAAGCCCAGUUUCAAGCCUGUGGAGGAGUCACCAAGGGUUGUUCUGGACUUCUUUGGUCGUGUGAUUCAGAAGCCAAUUCAAGGGGCCAGUGCUGGGUCUUCGUCAGGUGCUGACAGAUGCAGCGGUGGCCUUGGCUCCGGACAGAUUUAUUACCAGUUCAAAGAGGGUUUCAGCAAUGCGGUGCGAAGGACAGUGCGAAUGAAGGACCUCUUGUAAAUAGUACACAAUAAAUUCAUUCAGUUUCUGCAAAGCCAA